AAUGGUUUCUUUUCCUUUUCUCUUGCAGACUCUGCUAAGCAUCUUUGCCUCACUUUCCCAUCCUUUUUCUCACCUCUCACUCCUUCUCAUUCCCGUUCCAAUUUUUAAUUUUUAAUUUAAUAUUUUUUUUAAACUAAGUAGUUUUCUUUGUUUCAUCUUCUUCUAUUCUACUUCACCUUCAUAUUCCUUUCCUAAUUCUAGCUACAAAUUCCCUUCUUCUUUACUUUCAAAAUCCUUGCAAAAUUUUCCUCUCCGAGAUCAAUUUCCUUAUCUACAAAAGAAUUCAAAACCCCCCUUCUCAGAUUUCUCAUUUUUUUACACAGUAAAUGAAAGUCCUAAUCUUUUCUCCUGAAAAAUCAUAACACAUAUUAACCCUUUUAUGCCCUCAAUUUGUUUCAUCUUUUUCACCUUCCAUUGAUCUUAAAAAUCUAAACUUUUUUCCAUUGGGUGCUUCAUGGGACUCUGUCAUGGAAAACCCAUUGAAACCUCACAAAGAGAAAGAGAAAUUUCAUCUUUCCAAAGUGAAGAGAUUCUGCAACUACCACCACCACAACCAACAACAACAACAACAAGUUCUCAUCAUCAUGCAACUACUAAAUCAUCAUCAAAGUUUCCAUUUUUCAGUCCAAGUCCAUUACCAAGUUUCUUCAAAAACUCACCAGCAAAUUCAAAUUCAAGUGUGAGUUCAACACCACUUCGGAUCUUCAAACGCCCUUUUCCACCUCCUUCUCCUGCGAAGCAUAUUCGAGCACUGCUCGCUAGGCGACAUGGUUCUGUGAAGCCUAAUGAAGCCACAAUACCUGAAGGGAGUGAGUGUGAGGUUGGGUUGGAUAAGAGUUUUGGAUUUUCAAAGCACUUUGUUACUCAUUUUGAGCUUGGACAAGAAGUGGGUCGUGGCCAUUUUGGUUAUACUUGUUCGGCUAAGGGUAAAAAAGGAAGUUUUAAGGGUCAUGAUGUUGCCGUUAAAGUCAUUUCUAAAUCUAAGAUGACAACAGCAAUCGCUAUAGAGGAUGUAAGAAGAGAAGUUAAGAUAUUGCGAGCUCUAACUGGACAUAAGAAUCUCGUACAAUUCUACGAAUCCUAUGAAGACGACGAAAAUGUUUAUAUAGUCAUGGAAUUAUGCAAAGGAGGCGAAUUACUAGAUAAGAUUCUUUCUAGGGGUGGAAAGUACUCAGAAGAAGAUGCCAGAGUUGUUUUGAUUCAGAUAUUAAGUGUGGUAGCAUACUGUCACCUACAAGGCGUUGUACACCGCGAUCUCAAGCCAGAGAAUUUUCUUUUUUCUUCCGAGGAGGAAAAUUCCACACUGAAGGCCAUUGACUUUGGACUUUCUGACUAUGUAAAGCCAGAUGAGAGAUUGAACGAUAUUGUUGGAAGUGCAUAUUACGUUGCCCCUGAAGUUUUGCAUAGAUCUUAUGGAACAGAAGCAGAUAUGUGGAGCAUUGGUGUAAUUGCUUAUAUUUUGUUGUGCGGAAGCCGACCUUUUUGGGCCAGGACAGAAUCUGGCAUAUUUCGGGCCGUCCUUAAGGCAGAUCCAAGUUUUGACGAAGCUCCUUGGCCUUCUUUAUCGAUCGAUGCAAAAGAUUUUGUGAAGAGGUUAUUGAAUAAAGAUUAUCGUAAAAGACUGACUGCGGCUCAGGCUCUCAGUCAUCCAUGGCUGGCAAAUCACACUGAGGAUAUAAAGAUACCAUUUGAUAUGAUAAUUCACAAGCUUGUCAAAACUUACAUAUGCUCGUCUUCUUUACGCAAAUCAGCAUUAGGGGCUCUUGCAAAGACAUUGACAUUGGUGCAGCUAGCAUAUCUCAGAGAACAAUUUACUCUUUUAGGGCCAAACAAAAGUGGCCUAAUCUCCAUGCAGAACUUCAAGACGGCUAUUUUAAGGAGCGCCACUGAUGCCUCGAAGGAUUCACGGGUAUUAGAUUAUGUGAACAUGGUUAGCUCAAUCCAAUAUCGAAAAUUAGAUUUUGAGGAGUUUUGCGCUGCUGCUAUAAGUGUUCAUCAACUGGAGGGAAUGGAAAGCUGGGAGCAACAUGCAAGGCGUGCCUACGAGCUGUUUGAAAAGGAUGGAAAUAGACCAAUUAUGAUUGAAGAGCUUGCUUCGGAACUCGGGCUUAGCCCCUCAGUACCAAUUCACGUGGUACUCCAAGAUUGGAUAAGACACUCAGACGGGAAGCUUAGUUUCUUGGGGUUUGUCAGACUCCUGCAUGGAGUUUCGUCUCGUACGUUUCACAAGGCUUGAGAGAAAACAUACAUGAUUGCUAUUGUUUUUUUCUUGACCCUAUUGAUCAUGAGAUCUUUUGAUGAGAUUUGAAUGCAUGACUCAUGAGAAAAAAAAACUACAACAAAUCUCUUCAUUAUGAUUCCAAACAUGGCUUAUGCAAACCAAAAGCCUAUAUAUAUAACUUGUUGGGAGUUUCCUUGUGAUGCUAUAUGCAAGAUGUCUUGUUGUUAAAGUGCUUCCUUCAAGAGUUCUACAAACUCAAAAAACACUUUCCUCCACCCUUGUUGUAUUGCUCUCUUUAAGUUUGAGAUCUAUGGUGCUGGAGAUAAGAGGCUUGUACAGAUUAAAGUAGAGAGCACAAGUUCUACUUAGGAGUAGUGGAACUUCUAUAAAAUGAGUUGUUUUUUGAGUUUAUCUCUUGUGUACCCAUGGAACUUAUGAAUAAAUUAUUUCCGAUGUGUACUCCUUUGAUAGUUGGCAAUGCAACUUUUUUUUUUCCUAA